AUGCAAGAAGAGCAAAUUGACGAGGAUGAGAAGAGUGAUAGGAUGGAAUCUGACAUCGAGGAAAUGUUGCUGGAGCCACGAUUCAAAUAUUCCAGAAUUUUGAAUAAUGUGCCUGGAAUACUGAGAAAGGAUAUGGCAACUUGUAUGGCAAUACAUGAUAAGUUCGCUGCACUGGGUAGUCAUUCCGGAAAUGUAUAUAUCAUUGAUCAUUUCGGAAGCUUACAUCCAGAAAGUACAGCACGCCAUCAUCGAUGUCCCGUUACAAAAAUAUCGAUUGAUCCGACCGGAUCAUACUUUGUCAGUUGUUCGCAGGAUGCUCGAAUCAGUGUUGCAGGAAUUACUUCCUUCGAAUUUGCUCAAAUUAUAGAUUUAAAGAUAGCUGCACGAUCGGUAGCAAUAGAUCCGGACUUCACUAAACGUGGUUCAGGUCAUAUGUUUGUGAGUGGGGAACGGAAUUUGUUGCUGCAUCACCGAACAUUUUUCGGAAAUUACAGAGAAAAGAUAUUAUAUGAAGGUAUGGACUGUGAUGGAAUAAUUGCGCAAAUUUCUUGGCAAGGUUGUUGCAUUGCUUUUACAAAUGAAACAGGAACUAGGAUAUUUGAUAAGUAA